AAAGAAAUAAAAUUUAAUUGUGCUAAUGAUCGAUAUUUGAUUUUAAAAGUGGCGGGUGUCAUUAUGGGGCAGAAUUCGAGUUCUGUGAGGAGUAAGAGUCGUCAGCGCUCCUUUCGGGGUUUUGUUCGGCGAAAUAAGCUAAAUAAAUCUAGUUUGAGUCACACGUUCAGUUUGCCGCCAUCGGAAGAGUAUCCCGAGCUGAUGAAUGUAAAUACGGCCACGGAGGAGCAGCUGAUGACCCUGCCUGGCGUGAACAGGCAACUGGCGCGGGAGAUUGUACGUCAUCGACAGAUGAUCGGCCGAUUCAAACGAGUUGAUGACCUUGCACUAGUCUCAGGUAUAGGAGCAGAGAAACUAGAAUUAUUACGGCCAGAAAUCUGCACGAGUACAAAGAAACAGAUAUCCAGAGCGAGUUCAUGCACACAAUCCUUAGAUAGUGAACGAUUAUCAUCAGAAAAUAAAUUAUGUUCCAUAAAUUCCUCCAGUGUGUUCCAACUUCAAUGUGUGCCAGGUCUUAACCAGGAGAUAGCGGCCAAUAUAGUGGAUUAUCGCAAUAAAAAAGGCCCAUUUAAGUCACUGGACGAUUUAAUAAAAGUAAGAGGAAUGGAUAUAAUAAGAUUAGGCACCGUUAAGCAGCAUUUAACAUUAGAGCUAAGAAAAUGUAAGAGUGUACAGAAUUUAAACAAUGGGCAUGUAAACAGUUUUGCUGAAUUAUCAUUAAAUAGUUCAUUACAAAAUGGGGUGACGAGUACACCUAAUCGGACACCUCAUAGAAAAAGUUUAUCUAUGCAUACACAAGUUCCUAUAAAAUUACCAAACGGAUUUGCAACAGCACCAGUAAAUGAUAUCUUGGACUUGCUAGCGGCGUACUCGCAUCGACCAAUAGUUGAAGAAAUGUUUACAUAUGAACGAGAUGGAGUACGUUGUUGUCGACUGGCAUCCUGGAAUCUCCAUCAACUUAGCGUAGAUAAAAUUUCAAAUCCUGGUGUUAGAGAAGUUGUAUGUCGGACUAUUUUGGAAAAUAAGUUAUCCCUUAUAGCGAUACAAGACAUCCUAGAUGAAGCUGCACUCAAGAUUCUGUGCGACGAACUGAAUGCACCGGUCUUAAGGCGAGUCCGUGAAUGGAAAAGUAAUAGCCAAAGAUGGGAAUACUGCAUAUCAGAGAAGAUAGAAGGGAAACAUCUAGGCUUCAUCUUUGACGUGGCAAACAAGGGGAUUACGAUAGAAGACCUUGACCUCGUACAGAUCAAGUUGUUGACUGACGCCAGUAACAUUCAGAGGCUGCUGAAUAACCUUACUGAUCUUCUGAGUGAGAGAUUCGUUGCUUCUCCUCAGGCACUAAAAACCUGUUCUCCUCUUCUCAACAAAGAAGUCCCGACCACAGUGGACCCGUCAGCAGCGGGAAAGAGCGCAAUACUUUGCAACGGGACAAUAGACAAAACGAACUUCAACGGCCGCUCUGGAACCAUCAAAUCUGGCCUAUGUCACCUCGCUAUACCCCGUGGGUGGUCAUGGGGAGGACCAGCAUCCCCCUACACUCCUAUAUGGGCGGAACUGAAAAUUCCAGAUUGACGAAUCUUUGACGGCCAUAGAUUAAUGUCAGCGGUUUUAUUUUUAAUGUAUUGUCUAUUGGUUAUUUUCAUUCCUUUUACUUUAGUAGAUCGGUUUUUAUGUCAAAUUUAAUCUAAUUUUGGGGGUUGUGCAUUGACUUACAAAUAAGUGGACGACGGGUCUAAUACAAAAACCACGAAAAAAUGUCCCAAGUCAACCUAUUCGAAAUUUAAAUU